AUGCGCAUCAUCCAAGUCCUAUGGAGCAACGGUCCAAUUGAUACCUACAGCUCUCUCCAGCUCGUCUCUACACGAAGCUUGCAUCUUGCCCCGACUGGUCUACAGAUCUUCUAUGCCCCAUCUCCAGGAAUGUGGCCCACCCUUUUCUCACCGUCAUGCGACUCUUCUCUGAUCUUUUUUCAUCUUGCCAAGGUCUACAUUUCGCAUGCCCUCCGUGGCGUGUCCGCAGAGUCUUGCCUCCCUCAACGCUUACAUCAUGUUCUCGGGCCUCGUUGCAAAAAGUUCUUUUGUCUCCCUCACUCUGCUCAACUUUCAUGCGGCUCCCUUCUUCACGGGCGCGUCAAAGAUUUGA